UGUAUUUCUACGUUUCUACCCGGAUACAUAUCUCAGUUGAACAUUAUUUUGCCUUCUGCUCUUCCCUCAUGGAAUAUUGUUUAUUCCAUUAAAAUCCUCACUUCCGCUACAUUAUUAACCUGCGGCUUUGAGUUAAGUGCGCACAGGUAUGUCCCAGGACAGUCAACACGGCAAGUGGACAGUCUCCAGCAGCGAGGACGAAGACGAUCAGCUUCCUCCAUCGUCGUCCAACCCCCCUCAAGUACCCGACCCCGGCUCAUUCUCCUCCCCCGUAGAAACCAAAGUAGACACCCCCUAUGUAGAGGUGAAACCAGAACCGUCUCCUAUCCCUGCGCUCGUGGUCGGUUCUGAGGCCAGACAGCAGGCUACAAAGAACCAGGCAUACCCCAUCAAGUAUGAGUCAUCUCCAUCUUUAGCCGGGAAAAGGAAGCUGGAGGCGGCAGACGGCUCCGGCUGGGCGCUCUCUGACAGUGAUGAUGAUGAUGCAAAGAAGAACAACCCACCACCAGCUAUGACCGUUCCGAGUUCCAAACGCAAGAAGGUCGUGAACGAACGCCCUCCCAGCCCCCACGGACGCGUCUACUACAUCGACGAGCCCGACGACUUCUUUGAGUCCAGCGUGCCCUGCCAGGAUGACAUGUUUCGGUUCUACCUCAACAAGGUGACAGGCCUGGACAAAAAGUACAACAGCGGCGCGCUGCACAUCAGAGACAUUCUUUCGCCAUUAUUCGGCACCCUAAAAGAGUCCGUUCAGUUCAACUACUGUUUUGAUCUCGCCUGGAUGGUUCAGCAGUAUCCUCCAGAGUUCCGGGAUCGCCCCGUCCUGAUAGUCCACGGGGACAAGCGGGAGGCCAAGGCUCGGCUGGUGCAGCAGGCUCAACCCUUCCCUCAUAUUCGCCUCUGCCAGGCCAAACUGGACAUCGCUUUUGGCACACACCACACGAAGAUGAUGCUGCUGUGGUACGAAGAGGGCUUCCGAGUCAUCAUCCUCACCUCCAACCUCAUCCGAGCCGACUGGUACCAGAAGACGCAGGGAAUGUGGAUGAGUCCUCUGUUUCCACGGUUACCAAAAGACAGCAGCGACACUUGUGGCGAGUCGCCCACCUUUUUCAAGAGGGACCUUCUAGAAUAUUUGGCGUCCUAUCGGGCGCCCGAGCUGGAAGAGUGGAUCCAGCGGAUCAAAGAGCACGACCUCUCGGAGACCAGGGUGUAUCUGGUGGGCUCCACUCCUGGCAGGUACGUGGGGCCAGACAUGGAGCGCUGGGGCCACCUGAGGCUCAGGAAGCUGCUUUACGAGCACACCAAAUGCAUCCCCGACGAGGAACGGUGGCCCGUGGUGGGCCAGUUCUCCAGCAUCGGCUCCAUGGGGGUGGACAAGACCAAGUGGCUGGCGGGGGAGUUCCAGCGCACCCUCACCACAGUGGGCAAAUCGGCUCUACGGACCAACACCCCUGUUCACUUGUUGUAUCCAUCAGUGGAAGACGUCAGGAUGAGUUUAGAAGGUUAUCCUGCCGGGGGCUCGCUUCCCUACAGCAUCCAAACGGCGCAGAAGCAACUCUGGCUACACUCCUACUUUCACCGAUGGCAAGCGGAUUCAACCGGCCGGACUCACGCCAUGCCCCAUAUCAAAACGUACAUGAGGGCGUCACCUGAUUUUACUCAGCUCGCAUGGUUUCUUGUCACCAGUGCCAACCUGUCCAAAGCGGCAUGGGGGGCUCUGGAGAAGAACAACACACAGGUGAUGGUUCGAUCUUAUGAGCUCGGGAUCCUCUACGUGCCCUCAGCCUUUAACAUGAAAACAUUCCCAGUUCGGAAAAACACGUUUCCAGUCUCGUCGUCAUCCUCCGGUUUCCCAGUGCCAUUUGAUCUACCCCCGACACGCUACACCUCGAAAGAUCAACCUUGGAUCUGGAACAUUCCAUACAGCCAGGCUCCAGACACACACGGCAACGUUUGGGUUCCCUCCUAAAGAACUGCCUAAAGAAUAGUUCUUGACAUUGUCACAUUUCUGGUUAGAUGCCAUUUUCUUGUUUUUGUAUCGUGGACAAUAAAAUGUUAGUUCGUCACAUGA